GGACCUAAAAAAAAGUGGUCGAGUGAACGAGGCUGAAAGGGAGAAAAAAAAAACCGGAAUCCUUCCCACUCUCCAAAAAAAUCACGGGGAGUGACUGUGACAGAGGGAAGGCGACAGAGAGAGAGAGAGAGAGAGAGAGAAAGAUAGAGGAGGGAGGGAGUGAGAAAGGAGGAGAAGAAGCCCUCAUAGAACUUUAUCACACUUGUUGAAUGAUAGCGCGGAUCUGGACUCAUAAUCACCAGCUUUGACCAGUUUAGCGGAGUGAGAACUUCUUUGGAGGAGCAUGCGGCUGAGUUUACUUUUCAGGCUCUGUGUGCUGUGGGGCUUUGUGGUGGUCACGACCUCUGUGACCAAGGCUGCCAAACGGAAGGUGGUAGGUCGACAGUCUAGGCAGGUGUUUGAGGAGGAGCCAGCAGAGGGGGUGUGGUCUGUGUGGGGGGAGUGGUCAGAAUGCUCUCAGACGUGCGGCGUUGGAAUCUCAGAGAGGAGCAGGAAGUGUUUACCUCCUCCUCCACAGACUCCUAUCCUCUCUCAUUCUCCUCCUAACUGGGCAGGGUAUCUACCCGGGGGCAUCGGAGCACCUGUCCUUUCUCCUGUGUACCCCUAUGUCCCUCCUCGUUACCCCGGGCAACACCAGCCUUAUCACUCCCCGCCAAUUGCCACCAAUCACAAUCCAGGAUUGCCUCUGUAUCGGAAUACCCACUCAGGAGGCGGAGGAUCGUCUGCCCCCGGACAAGUCGAUCCAUCGCCUCCUUUUUUUCAACAGGAAUUCUCCCCGACCAAUCAGGAGCGCGUGUCAGUUUACCGAUCCCCCUAUCACACUCCUUCCCAGAGCUACUCCCCACAGGCACGGAUCGCCAGGAGGCCGACCACUCCAGGAGCAGCAGUGCGAGGCGGAGGGAGCGGGAGCAGAAGAUCGGUCGCCGCCAAUCGGGAGGCUUUGCCAGCGAGGAGGCCGUCCGCCAUUCGUCCAGGUCAGUUUGGUUAUGGCAGAGUGCCUUUCUCUUUACCUCUGCACCGUCCAAAUCGUCAGGCUCGGCACACGGCUAAUGGCACCGCUGCUACGCCGCUCACGAGUGGACUGUCUGUGAGUGAAGAUGAGUCGGAGAACAACAGGAGGGAGGAAGAGUGGGGGAGCGACGCAGAAGACAGACAGGUGGUGAGAAGAGAGGAGGAGGAGAGCACAGAGUCACCUGCUGCUGAGGAGGUGCCCACAACGACCACGACACCUGGCAGACCUCACCACCGCUAUAUCAACAGACUUCCACACUCGCGUACAGAGCAUGUGAGACCGUCCUCUCACUCCUACUCACGCUCCUCAUCACCAUCUGUACUCAGCCGCCAACGCUUUGACUGGCACUCCGUUACCGCUCCGCCUCCUCCCGUCUCUCCUCUCUCACGGCCAAACUCUCCAGCCAUUGCUUCGCCUUUUUCCCCUCCUCUCCACCGCUCCAGCCCUGUGCACAGAGAGAGGGAGCUACACCCAGGCUUCAGCCCGCAGGCUCCACCCGCCGCAGGGAACAUCUACCCACUACAGCAUCCUCACAUCCCGCACCUGGGGGGGGAUUCAGGCAGGCAGAGGGGAAGAGCAGCUCCUCAGGUCGUCAGAUGUUCUGGCCCAGAGAAGGAGUACCGCAGGUGCUUCUCACAGGUGUGUGCAGGAGGAACGCUGGACUCCAGAGCAGAGCAGUGUGCAGCAUUUAACACUCAGGAGUUCAUGGGUCGCCUCUACAACUGGGAACCUUUCACUGAGGUUGGUGCCGACAAACAGUGCGAGCUAACAUGCCGACCUGCCAGCUAUCGAUUCUACGUUCGUCAGGCCGAGCGUGUCAGAGACGGGACUCCCUGCUUCAACGUCAGCGCAAAUGACGUGUGUGUCGAAGGACGAUGUCUGACUGAGGGAUGCGAUGGUGUGCUGGGCACCGGCUCUGUGAUUGACAAGUGCGGAGUGUGUGGUGGGCGGGACACGUCCUGUCGAAAGGUGACAGGGAGCUUCCAAAAUACCACAGUUCCCCUUGGUUACCACAAGAUUCUGGACAUCCCACCUGGAGCUACAUUCAUUAACAUCACGGAGAAGAGAGCAAGUCCCAACUACCUGGCCAUGAGGAGUGGAACAGGAGCUUCAGUCGUGAACGGGCGUUGGGCUGUGGACCCACCAGGAGAGUAUCAGGCAGGGGGGACUACCUUCACCUACACCAGACCUAGAACAAACGUGGAGGGGGAGGAAGAGAAGGGAGAGUCCCUCAAAGCCCCGGGACCUACUACCACACAGCUACAGCUAUAUAUCAUUUUCCACAAAGAGAACCCGGGAAUCGACUACGAGUUUUACAUCCCUUUGGAGAAGAAGGAGGGAGGGAGGGAGAGAGUGAUGGAGCUAGAGAGAGAGACAGUCAGAGAGCGGCCCAGGGAGAGAGAGCCAGCGAGAGCGCGAGAGCCAGCGAGGGCGCGAGAGCCAGCGAGGGCGCGAGAGCCAGCGAGGGCACCCCUUCGUAGUCCUCUCACUGUGUCAGUAGAAGACUCUCUUCCUGCUCCUCUCCCUGUUUCAGUCCCUUCUUUGUCCUCCUCCUCCUCUUCCUCCUCCUCUGUAUUUUCUUCCCUACCCUCACACCGGUGGACACCUGACAGGGUGCGUGCUCAAGGAUCUGCACCCAAUAGAAAUGCCCGGAUCCCCCCUCGCACUGACCUGCCACUGGACACUCUGCCACCAUUUGUUUGGCAAAAAGGCGACCUCACAGAAUGUUCUGCUACUUGUGGCAAAGGUUCUCAGUAUAGAGAGAUUCUGUGUAUAAACCGUCAUACGAACGAGGAAGUCCCUGACAGGAAAUGUGACUCUGCGGCCAAACCCGUUCCCGAGGAGGAGCCUUGUAACACCAUGCCCUGUCCACCAUUCUGGGAGGCCAGUGCAUGGUCAGAGUGCAGUGUGUCCUGUGGCCGUGGGUUACAGCAGAGGCAGCUCCAGUGCAGGCAGACCUUUGGGAACCGCUCCACCAUGGUUCACCCACAGCGCUGUGCCAGCCUCACCCCACCAGACUCCACACAGGCCUGCCAGCUCCGCCUCUGCUCCCAGUGGGAGGUCAGCUCAGACUGGAGCAUGUGCUCAGUGGACUGUGGAGUGGGGCGGAGAAUGAGGAGUGUGCGCUGUGUCACCGAUCAAGGCAGCGUGGUUAACGACAUGGAGUGCAACUCCAGGCUCCGCCCCCAGGGAAGUGAGGAGUGCAACAUGGGCCCCUGUGUCACCAACUGGUACUUCACCGGCUGGUCAAACACUUGUUCGGCACAGUGUGGCCCUGGGGUGCAGAGGAGAGAGGUGCUGUGUCUGACCCGAGGAGGAGUCAGAGAAGGCACAGGAGAAGUGGACUGUGUGGGAGAUAAACCAGCAGACAUGAAGGCCUGUAAUGGAGGCCCAUGUGUGCCAACAGCCAUGUGGUAUAGCAGCCCGUGGACACAGUGUAACGUCCAAUGUGGGAGUGGAACCCAGCGACGAGACAUCAUUUGUGUCCAAAAGUCGGAGAGCGACUUUACUGUCGUAGCAGCCACUGAGUGCGCUCACCUGGACAAGCCAGCUGCCGUCCAGGAGUGUGACAUGGGAGAGUGUCAGCCUCAGUGGUUCACGACGGAGUGGAGCGCGUGCUCACGUUCUUGUGGGAAGGGCUUACAGAUGAGGGAAGUACGGUGUCUCACACCAGACAAAACACACAGCCACGAAUGUGAUCCCAACACCAAACCUGAGCAGGAACAAAUGUGCAACACAAUUCCCUGCAGUCCACAAGUCUCAGACGAAAACUGCCGGGACAAACGUCAUAACUGUGUGAUGGUGGUGCAGGCCAGGCUGUGUGUCUACUCCUACUACAAGUCUGUGUGCUGUGCCUCGUGCACCCAGAGUUCUCAGCGUGCCAAAAGGCAAUGAGACAGCCCAGGAGUGCAGAAAAUCAAGGGUUAGGUAAAAAAAGGGCUGAUGAGUCUGCAGAAAUGGACAGCCCAGAGUAGAUGUGUGAUGGCGUGAGAUAACAUUCAGCUAUUUUCUCCUGAAUCUUCAGGUAAAACACUGUGAAAGUAGCCCGUUCCCUGUGCCUUUACCCCGUAUACAGUUUUACAUUGUUGUAUAUUCCACUGAGCUUGUUUCUGUUCACUUUGUGCAUUCGCUUAAACAGGUUCACUGUGUGUGUCAGUCACACAGGACUGAGUGAAGGCUCUUUUCAAUGGCUGAGAGAUAAUAAUGGAAGGUCCUUCUUGAGGACACAGCUGCUUUUGUUUAGCAUUUUGUUAAGAUUCAUACUUACCUGCAGGAUCCUAAGGCAGAUUUAUUCAGAUGCACAUACCACUAAUUAUGAGCUGAACAAUGUGUGUUCGAUACUAUAGUGUGUUUAAUGUAGUUCUACGUGUGUUGAAGAUCUACUGGAAUACAUCUACUAUGAUUCUGUAUACUGCAGAAAACCCCCACAGUGGUGAUUCCCCAACUGAGCUAGAAGGAUUUUACACACAUACACAUAUAUAUAUAUAUAUAUAUAUAUAUAUAUAUAUAUAUGCAUAUACAUAUGUGUAUAUAUAUAUAUAUAUAUAUAUAUAUAUAUAUAUAUACAUAUUAUAUUUUUGUUUUUCUGUCUGUUUGCCAAAAAUAUUUCCUUGAGUGUCCUCUUAUUGUUCAUGUCAGUAUUUGAACAGAAGAACCAAAGUAGUGGGGAGAUGGUGGCAGUAAGUGACCAAAUAUAAGUAUCAGAGCAACACAAGAAGGAUAUUAGACAGGAAUGUUCAACAAGCAGCUCACGCUCUGUACACUCCUUCAAAACUGUUUGUGUCAAUGUACAUGUUGGUCUUUUUUUAAAGAGAUUUGUUGGGAGUGGCGUUUAAUGGCACCGUUUAUGGUGUGAAGACUCAUGGUUGCAGUUAUAACUAAGCUAAAGAUGGUGCUGCUCAAAACAAAAUGAAAAAAAAACCAUUCUAUUAAUAAGUAAUAAACUGGUGUUGGUUGAUGGUUGGUUGCUGUAUACUCAUCAUCUUGUCAACAAUUCAUGUGAAAAGACCAAAGCCACUAAUGAUCUGUGUGUUAAGAAUUUAUGACUUUCUGACAGUGUCUCUGCACUCUUCAUGACCCAAGUCCACUUUUCCUACUGAGGUUUGAAAUGACAAAUGUUAUUUUUUUUAAAAGAGUAUUUUUUUAAUCCACUGGGUAAUUUAGUCUUACCCAGUGUUACACAGACUGUAGGAGAUGUAGCGCUUGCUUUUUCCACUGUGAAAUAACAAAGAUUACUGAGUAUUUAUGUAAACAAAGACAGUUUAUGUGAGGUUUCUAAAUAAACUGUAGUGUUUAUUACAAUGAAGGAGCAUAUCACCCAGAACACUGGGCUCAUUCAUGUUUUUUUAUAUAUAUUUUUCAGACCAGUGGAGCUUCAUUACACAGAGUAUAAUAAGUCAUAAGAGGCUUUGGCUAGUCAGGCAGUAGUUGUUAGUAUCAAUUCAUCCUCAGCUUUGGUCUUUUCAUGGGAUUUGCUGACCAUUUGAAAGCAAUGUAUAAUAAUUAACUCCUGACUAACCUUUUUAUUAUUAUUAUUUUAGUAAUCUCACCGUACCAUGACUAUUGGGCUGAGGUCUUUAAGAAAAAAAUCUUAAUGUUCUCCCUGUUUCCUCAGCUCAUUUCAGUAGUACAUCCUUGCCAUCAUCGCCCGCCUUCUUGGCAGGAGAGGAUGAAUCAGUCGUGUGAGAAUAGGAGACACCAGAUUUAAGACUGAGGAAGCUGCUUUUAAUAGGUUAAUGUAUGAUACGGUCCUAAUGCAGCCAUUCUGCUUCCACCUAGAAGUAAAUAUAUUUCAUAUCAAAGUGACAGCCUCUGUAAAUGUGUGUAAGUAAUCUUUAUGCUUUUGGGUGUUUUUACUUGGCUCUCUCUUUUUCCCGUUUUCCUUCACCUCCCACCAAGAAAAAAAUACACUCUGCCCACUCAGAGGUGAGGAGGAGUCUGUAUAUUUGUCAGAUAUGUUUUAAUGUCUAUAAUUUCUCUUGGACAUAUUAUAGUUGGUGCUUAUGUCUUAUAACUAAGUCUCUUCAUCAGAAGUUGUAGGCUGCAUUUAUUCACAUCUAACUCUCAUAUAAUGAUUGUACAAAUGAAAUGUGUGCGUGUAUGUGUGUGCAUAUGUGUGCGUGUGUGUGUGAGCGCUCAUGAAUGUUUUGCGACUGAGGCUUUGAAUGUGUCAUUCGUGUCUCUAAACCCUUGUAGUAAAAAAUAACAUUUUAUAUAAAAACUAAAAUUGAAAUGAUGAUAGUAAUUUAUCUAUUAUCUAAAGAACAUGUAAUUUAUUUUCUGUUUUUAAGGGGCCUGUAGCAAUUUAUUUUUGUCUCCACCAGAGUUUAAUGAGAUUGUUGUUAUUGAUACAUGGUCAGUUUUUUUAUUUUUAUUAUCAUGCAAAAACAAAAGCAGUUUGGAAGAAAUUAUUGAAUGAAAAACCUAAAUUUCAAAUAAAGUUGAAACAACAGAGACAUGAA